CCACAAUUAAUGCCUUAAUUCCCAAUUUCCACGCCAUAAACACUUUUUGCCUCCCCUAUUCAAAUUUCCCCACUGCAUUUUCUCGGAUUCUCGAUUGAUGCUAUUGCUUUUUCUUCUCUGCCCAAAAAAGGAAAAUAAUCCGAAUUCUGUGUUUGAUUUCAGCGAUCGGGUUACAUAUGCCCGUUAUCUGCGCUCAAUUUUUGACCUUUCGUCAACAUUAAUUCAAACUGGUGGUUUCUUAAUCGUGAAGCGAUAAUUUUGCUUCACGUGAUGCCGUUCCGUGCUCUCAUUACAAAAUCCGACCGCCCUCGAGUUUUUGUGUGAUUUUGAGGGCACUUCUUCGGUUUCUGCUUCGAUCAACCAUUUUAUCGAGCACUUCGCCAUCAAUUUGGAGUUAAGCUUCUUUUGAGUUUUUAGGAAAUUCACAAAUUCAAUUGUAUUCAAUUGACGCUACUGCAAUCAGGCAACACCGACACUUGAAUUUUGAGAUUUUUCGGGGAGACUAUUGGGCUGUUGGUUGCAAAUGGGGCCCAUAUUCUACAUACUGAUAGCAUUGCCGUGUACAAUAGGGGCAAUAGCACUGGCCCUUCGCCACAUUUAUAACCAUUUACUGAAUUAUACUGAGCCAACAUAUCAGAGAUACAUUGUCCGCAUUAUCUUUAUGGUUCCAGUAUAUGCAUUGAUGUCUUUCUUGUCCUUGAUCCUGAAUAAACAUGCAAUUUACUUCAAUUCAAUCCGAGAAAUAUAUGAAGCUUGGGUCAUUUAUAAUUUCCUUUCACUAUGCUUAGCAUGGGUAGGUGGUCCAGGUGCUGUUGUGCUAAGUUUAACUGGAAAAGUUCUGAAACCCAACUGGUGUCUAAUGACAUGCUGCUUCCCCCCAAUGGCAUUGGAUGGACGCUUUAUACGAAGGUGCAAACAAGGGGGUUUGCAAUUUGUGAUCCUUAAACCCAUCCUAGUCACAAUUACGUUGAUACUAUAUGCAAAAGGGAAGUAUGAAGACGGGAAUUUCAAUCCAAGGCAAUCCUAUCUCUACCUCACCAUAAUCUACACGAUAUCAUACUCUGUGGCACUUUAUGCCUUGGCCUUGUUUUAUGUGGCAUGCAAAGAUUUGCUGAAGCCUUUCAAUCCAGUGCCCAAGUUUAUCAUAAUCAAAUCUGUCGUAUUUCUUACAUAUUGGCAGGGUGUGCUGGUUUUUCUUGCAGCCAAAUCCAAGUUAAUCAAAGAUACAGAGGAUGCUGCAGAAUUUCAAAAUUUCAUAAUUUGUGUUGAAAUGCUAAUUGCUGCAGUUGGCCAUCUUUACGCUUUUCCUUACAAAGAAUAUGCUGGUGCCAAUAUUGGUGGGAAUCGUGGCUUUGCAGCAAGCUUUGCACAUGCUUUGAACAUCAGUGACUUUUACCAUGAUACAGUACACCAGUUUGCUCCUACCUAUCAUGAUUAUGUGCUCUACAACCACGGUGAUGGUGACGAAGGAACUACAAAGUACAGGGCUCGCACUUUUGUUCCGACUGGCCCAGAAAUGGAUACAGUCAGAAGAAACAAAGGCAACCUUGGGAACAAAGACGAGUUAAAUUCACCAUCUUCAGUCGGUACUACUCAAAAUUUUGGCGGGAAUCAGGAGACUCCGAACUCAGACGCCUUAGGUUCCUCAUCGUUGAUCAGGAGCGAAGCAAAUUCUGCUAAUUUGCCUUAUGACCUUUCCCUUAUGGAUGUAGACCUUUCUAAUUAUCCAAAAAAGGUACCUGCUGCUAAUGAAGCUGGGAAACGAUGACAUGUAUGACGUUGUGAUCCAAGUGCUUGUUUUACUAGUUUGCUUUUGACUACAGAAAAUGUACAUUUAGGUUAGUACUAGUAUGUAUUGGGUCAAGCUUUAUACAGUUGUUGUUGGCAUGCCGCAUAGUAAUUGAGGUUUGUGUUGCUUGAA